GUCGCGAACGGAAGGGCGGACGAAGGCAAGAGGAGCAAUAGAGCACAAAGGAAGGAGGUCGAGGGGAGGCCCGGCCCAUGGAGUGAAGGUUGUGGGCACUGGCUGACGGAAGGGCUAGCAGGAAGGGUCGACGCUUCGAGUUGAGUUGAGUCGAGUCGCGUGAAUGCUCUGGAACAAGGGAUUUUUGCUCUCCCCUUCGAGCAUCUGUCUGUCUGUCUGUCUAUCUAUCGUUCGUCGGGCAGGGAAGGCAGAAGGAAGAGCUUAGUACAAUGGUGCGCGUUCACACGUUCCUCGGGCUCGUCGCGGUCACCUUUGUCGGAGUCAAGUCGCUCGACAAUCUCGUGGUCUGGAUGGCCGAGAAUCGGGAGGCGAAGACAGAACAAAUGAAGCUUGAGAGACAUGCUGCUUACUUGAAGAGGCAGAUGUUGAAGGAAAUGCAAGAAAAAGAGAGUUCAUAGGUGAAGGUUGCAUCUUUCCGAUGACUGGAGACCCUUAGGGCUUGCGAGAGCAAGCUCUGUAUAGAACUUUUUUUUUCAAGACCGAGCUGAACGUGAACGUAAUUUAUUGUUCACGAAAGCAAAUAACUUUGGUGCAGAUCUAAUGUAGGGUAGUUCGAAUAUUCAAAUCAGUCUAAAUCACCAGAUAUCUCGAAAAUUCUCGUCAAAUAAAAACAUUUGUAUCGAGGGUUUUCCAUUGUAGUUCCGUCGGAUUUGUCUCUUGAACCACCACUCUGGUGGCCUGGUCCUGGGUCCAGCAUUUUCCUGGUUAAUCGUUAUCUUUGUAGGGUCUUGGCUAAUUACAAUAUUGACAAUGACUCAUGAAGAGUCUUAAUCGUGGAAGCACUAUUUCAAACACUUGUUAAAGCAUAUGCCCAAUUUUCACAUAACAUGCUUUUGACUGUCAGAGAC